AUGACCUCGCAGCGUCUUGAUAUUUCGCCAACAGCGACACCCCCAACACAAGCGAGAGCGGGACUAUACCCCACCAUACCCAGUUCGAACCACCGCGCUUCUACGCAGUACGGCUGCCCUACUUCUCCCAUCCAUCCAUUCUCCGCGCCGGCAGAGGCAGGAAUCCAACAACCGGCCCGCCUGCUAUUAACUUCGACAUUCCAUCAGCCAUGUAGUUGGUCAGCGAGCCUUGUUUCCUUGUAUAUCGCAUGUGACCGGUCGUACCGCGCUUCUCGGAAUUCGGCGACGAGGGCCUUGAUAUCUUGGUCGGUUGGAAUCUGGUGGGAUUUCGCUCUCGUAUCGUGGACGAGUCGAUCGAGCAGCGUGGAUAGCACGGCGCUGUCUUCGAUUGUGGCGUUUGCUCCUUGGCCUAGCGUGACUGUCAUCAGGAGCAUCCCCUAUCAACACAAUCCGCCCAGAUCCCCACGUCUCAAAAAUCCCCUGUUCCGUCGCAAUCAUCGACGCAACCUUCUUAUACUCCCAAAGAUGCCUCACAUAGACGCCCUCCGCGAUCCUCACGCCCCCAUACUUUCGCAUACACAUGUCCUCUGCGUCCUGCGUCGUAAAGCGCGGGACAUCCUGAUACGCAUACACACGAUCCAUUGGACGGAUCACAAACCAAUAGACACUCUCUCUGUUAUGGAAGCUCAAGACCACUUACUUAUGCGGUUCAGCCCAGCUGGGCUUGCACUUUGCUUCGUCAACUCUUUGUGUGAUCUCGCGUCCUCUUGGUUUCGCACCCUCGCUGCAGUAGAAAGAGACUUUCUGCUAGAUAUGUACGGGGGCCACGGCUAA